AUGAGCCGCAUGCCGGUAUCGGGAUACAUUGCACAAAUGAUGGGAAUGCGUAUGCCACCGUCUUUUGUCCCGAAUCCAAUGUUGGAAUUUUCGGAUGACAUGACCUUUUCGCAACGUUUGGUCAACUCUCUGUUGACUUGGGCGUUUGAUUAUCUUUUCGUUGGUAAUAGUCAUUUCUCCAUCAACAACCCGAGACCAAUUUUCCAAGAUAUUGAAGAAAUUGGGGGAAUUCAUUAUUUGUACGAGUGGCUGUCUGCUGCGCCGGAUGGUUUCAUUUUCUUUAGUUUGGGAACCGUGAUAAAAGGAGUCACUCUUCCGGAGGAGACGAGAAAAAUGUUCUUAAAUGCGUUUUCUAGAUUAAAGCAAAGGGUGCUUUGGAAAUUUGAAUCUGAGCAAAUGGCAGACCUUCAAAUUGAAACGUUAAAUUGAAUAAAUGGUUACCUCAGCAGGUCACAAGAACAUCAAGUUAUUCAUAAGUCACGGAGGACUUUUGAGCACUCAGGAGAGCACUUAUCAUGGCGUCCUAAUUUUAGGAAUCCCGAAAUACUGG